AUGGCAGGAUUCACUAUGAGCUUGAAUCUACUUCUACUAGUAGCAAUGGUAGCUACCAACAUCCUCUCUCUCUACCACCUCUCCUCCACCACCAGCUUCUUCCAAUCCACCCUCAAAUCCUCACCCUCCUCUCUCCCCACCGUCCCCAACCACCUCCUCCGUCAGCUCCACACUAUCCGCUCCGCCAUCAACCACCUCACAACCCACCAACCAGACAAACCCACAUCAACCGUCUCCUCCUCCGCGCCGCCCAAAGAUCUCCUCCUCUACUCUAAACUCUCCCCCAUAGCUUCCGCUUGCCACAACCACCCAGACCUCCUCCACGAGUACAUGAACUACACUCCUUUCUCCACUUGUCCUUCCGACAACGACCUCGUCGAGAAACUCAUCCUCCGCGGCUGCCACCCGCUCCCUCGCCGUCGUUGCUUCUCCCGUACGCCGCGAAAUCCCUCAGAUUCGAAUGUUAUCUGGUCUUACUACUCCUGCAAGACGUUCGAUUGCUUGACGACCAAGUUCCCCGGUCUAGGUUUCGAUCUCUCCCUCGACAAAUCCAAAUCUUUAUUCUCUUCCUACAAGUCCGAGCUCGAUCUCCCGAUCUCGCAGCUUCUCCAGAUCGCUAAAGCCGCCAACUCCGUUCUCCGGCUCGGGAUCGACGUCGGCGGUGGGACCGGAUCCUUCGCCGCGGCUAUGAAGGCACGCAAUGUUACUGUUCUGACCACGACGAUGAAUUUCAACGCGCCGUAUAGCGAGGCGGUGGCGUUGAGAGGGCUCGUGCCGCUCCACGUGCCUCUCCAGCAGAGGCUUCCGGUGUUUGACGGUGUGGUGGAUUUGGUUAGGUGUGGGAGAGCGGUGAACCGGUGGAUUCCGGUUACGGUUAUGGAGUUUUUCUUGUUUGAUUUGGACCGGGUUCUGAGAGGCGGUGGUUAUCUUUGGUUGGACCGGUUUUUUAGCAAGAGAGUGGAUCUUGAUAAUGUGUUUGCGCCUAUGAUUGGGAAGUUGGGUUACAAGAAGGUGAAAUGGGCGGUGGCCAAUAAAGUUGAUUCGAAGCAUGGUGAAGUUUUCUUGACGGCUUUGCUUCAAAAACCUGUUGCAAGAUAGUGACAAUUAAGAGCACUUUCCUCAAGAGUUUAGAACGUGUAUGUUGGUAGCAAACAGCUUACUGUUGCUGAAGGUUUGGAAGAAGAUGAAUUAUUUUUUCCAAGCAAACAAUGUGUUAUUUAUUUCUCUGCAAAAGCAAGUAGAGCCAAAGAUUUGAUGUAUUGUUUGUUAGAGGGACAGAUACAUAGUUUUAUGUCUUCUUCCGUUUGUUUCUGUCAUGGCUUAUAUAUAUAUAUAUUUUUUUUUUUUUUUUGUGGAAGGUAGAUUGCAGUCGCAGAUAUAAGAAAUGUUAAGAAGUUCCAGGAUUGAAUUCAAG